AUGAAUGAUCUUAUCGGUAAAAGACCAGCUACUGAUACUUCACCUGUAGCUGAUUUUAAUGCUAGUGAUGAAGACAGUUGGCUUUUCGAAGAUUUCAGUCGUGAUGAUGCUAUUAAUGCAUUACAAAAUCAAUCGGAUGGUACAUUUCUUGUACGUCCUAGUGGAACUAUUAAAGGCGACCUUGUUCUUUGUGUUAAAGAAGGUUCAAAAGUAAGUCAUUAUAUAAUCAAUGUAACUCAAGAAUUAUCUCAAUCAAUAUAUAAAAUUGGUGAUAAAACAUUUUCAAGUAUGAAAGAACUUUUAACCUUUUAUAAACAACGUUUACUUGAUACAUCACCACUUAUUCGAAUUUAUCCUAAAUUACGUGUACGAACGAAAUAUAAAUUUGAUGGAAAAGAUGAAGAAGAUUUACCAUUUAAAAAAGGACAAAUUUUAAUGAUUAUUAAAAAAGUAGAACCGUUAUGGUGGCUAGCAAGAAAUACUACUGGAGAUAAAGGCAUGAUUCCAGCUAACUAUGUUGAAUAUAUUCGAGAUGAUGUUUGA